GCACAAUCCCUGUCCCCCGCCUCCCGCCGCAUCCCGCACCCGCACCGUGUGCCACCGCCGCCUCCCGCACUGCACACCGCGCGUCCCCGCCGCCUCUCGCUCCCGCACCGCACACCGCGCUCGCCCGACGCCCACGCGCUCCCGCCACCUUUCGCUCUCGCACCGUGCUCCCCCGCCGCCUCCCGCACCACGCACCGCGCUCCCCCGCCGCCCGCGCGCCUCCAGGAGACCAAGACCGCCGCCAGCGCCUCCAGGACCGCCGCCAACGCCUCCAGCUCAGAUCCGCCGUCUCCCGCACCGCACACCUCGCUCCCCCGUCGCCUCCAGCUCAGAUCCGCCGCCCGGCGCCGCCGCCAACGCCUCCAGGACCGCAGCCAAUGCCUACAGCUCAGAUCCGCCGCCAACGCCUCUAGCUCAGAUCCGCCGCCCUGCCUCCAGAGAUGAUGGUUUGAAUGUGAUUCCAAUACCACGAUGCGGUCUAUUUUGUCAUCAGUAUUCAGAAGAAAUGGUCUGUGACUGUACAUACAUAUAAUCAGAGUUACCAAAAAUAAAAAAUGGAGGAUGAUAAUGGCCUUGAGCUUAGUCUGGGCCUCUCUUUGGGCUGUUCAGCAGGCAAGUCUAAGGCUAGAGAUGCUCCUCUAGAACCAAAAGCAGAGCCCCAAGUGGAAGAAAGUAGUAGCAAAGGGGGAUCACAAACUCCUGAUGCUCAGUUUGGGAAAUACUAUCAAACAAAUGCUGAGAACCAAGAACACAGUAGUAAACAGAGGCACAGUCCUGCUGCACCGCCAUUUGGGAACUUCUGGGUACAACCAGGGGGUUCCUCUGCUCCAGUUGUAGAUGGAUCCAUUGAUCCAGUGAGCCAUCAGUCUCAGCUUCCCAGGUAUCAAGAUGUGAGGAUUUCGAACAACAGUGGAAAUAAUUCUGAGGAACAGAAGCCAGUGUCAAGUAACUGCAAGUUGCUUUCUGAAGAGAUAAAUUUUCAGAAGAAGCAUCACAUUGCUGCUGACCAGCCUGAUGCAUUCAGUAAGAGCUCUGAUGGAGGUGCAAAAAAUGCACCUAUCUCAAUUAGCACGGAUGAUGGUUCAACUGGUGAAAAUGAGGAUGUUGCAGAGUCGGAAGCAGAAGGCUCAAAUUCUUGGUUGGUUGCACAGCGUGAAGACAGUGCUAAGGGCUCUGUAGUUAACAAAGGAUCCGAUAGAAAAAGAUCCGCUGAUGAUGCUGCAGUUGGUUUUCAAGGAAAGAGGCAACCAAGUUUCUCGGCAAGUGAGUCCAGCUCAGGAAAGUUGCCACUUGGAAAUCCCUUAUCGAUGCAAACAUCAAAUGUAGUGGCUGGGCCAUAUCAAGUCCCAGCUCAGGUUUCUGGUCCUCCUACCAUAACUAACGCACAGAAUUUUCACCCAGCAUCUACAGUUCAGUUGAGGCCACCCACAAACGGUGGACUAGCUGUCCAGACAACCAUUGGUGCCUCUCAGGUUGCUUUUGGUUACCCGACAGUCCAGCUACCAACACUUGAAACAAGCUCUUCAUGGGCUUUUGGUGCUCCGCCUCAGGCCAUGUCUUCUUUUACUGCAAAAGAUAAAGCUGAACAAACAGGAACCAAACAAGCUGAUGAUGGCAAGAAACCUCAAGAGGCUGGUGCUUCCUCGUGUGCUCAAGCGGAAGAUGAGGAUAAGGCUGAUAGGGGAGUCCCUCACAUGGGUUCUGCCAUAAGGCCAGGCAUUGCACCAAAUGUAAAAAUUGGAGGGUCUGGAUCAUAUCCUGACCUUCCCUGGGUUUCUACCACUGGGACUGGAGCAAAUGGCAGAACCAUAUCAGGUGUAACAUACAAGUUUGGCAGAAAUGAGGUGAGGAUAGUAUGUGCCUGCCAUGGCACACACAUGACACCGGAGGAGUUCGUACGACAUGCAAGUGCAGAUGCUCCGGGCCAAGAAAAUGGUGCAACUUUACCAGCAUUCCCUGUUGGUAACCAAGCAGCGUCUGCUGAAAACUAGUUCGCUGGAUUCUGAGAGAAUGCUUGACUAAUAAUUGUUGCCCCAUGUUUAGUCUAUAUAAUCCAUUCCUUGCAUUACUCUCUGUUCAUCUCAUAUUGAUAAUUGUCAUGUAAGUUUAGAAGUGUGUAUUUUGGGUGUUGUUUGAGGACAAAAAUUGUGUAUUUUUAGCUGUGUUUGAAUCUUCAAGCAAUAUUUAACUAGUUCGGAGCUCCUA